AUGGAUGUGGAGUCGAGGCAAGGUUCUUCCAAAGGGGACGCCAUGGCUGCUGCUGCUGUCUCUGUUGACUGGAGGGGAAGACCCUGCGACCCCCUCAAGCACGGCGGCAUGAAAGCCGCGGUCUUCGUCCUAGGGAUCCAGGCGUUUGAAAUGAUGGCGAUUGCGGCGGUGGGGAACAACCUGAUCACGUACGUGUUCGGGGAGAUGCACUUCCCGCUGUCGGAGGCGGCCAACAUCGUGACCAACUUCAUCGGCACCGUCUUCCUCCUCUCCCUCCUCGGCGGCUUCCUCUCCGACUCCUACCUCGGCAGCUUCUGGACCAUGCUCAUCUUUGGAUUCGUCGAGCUCUCGGGUUUCAUCCUGCUGGCGGUUCAGGCGCACCUGCCCCAGCUCCGUCCGCCGCCAUGCGACAUGAUGGCGGCGGCGGCGGGGCAGGCGUGCGAGCAGGCAAGCGGCCUAAAGGCCGGCAUCUUCUUCACGGCGCUCUACCUGGUGGCGCUGGGCAGCGGGUGCCUCAAGCCCAACAUCAUCGCGCACGGCGCCGACCAGUUUCGCCGGGGCGGCGGUGGCGGCGGCGCUCGCCGCCUGUCGAGCUACUUCAACGCCGCCUACUUCAGCUUCUGCGUGGGCGAGCUGGUGGCGCUCACCGUGCUCAUCUGGGUGCAGACCCGCUCCGGGAUGGACGUCGGCUUCGGGGUCUCCGCCGCUGCCAUGGCCAUCGCCCUGCUCAGCCUCGUCGCAGGCGUCGCCUUCUACCGCAACAAGCCGCCACAGGGCAGCAUCUUCACUCCCAUAGCUAAGGUAUUUGUCGCCGCUGUGAGCAAGAGGAAGCAAGUGUGCCCGUCGACGGCCUCCGUCAAGGCCAUCGCAACUGUUACUGUCCAUGACAUAUCCGUUAACGCCACAGACAUCUGCCACAUCAGCAAGAUCAGGUGCCAAAUAUAUAACAGAACUGUAUUAGAGAAUAUUCAAAGUUCUCCUGUGGAGUUUUCUAAUAAUCAAGUGUCUCAAACCUUGGAUUAUUAUUCCAAAUCAAGGUUCUUAGACAAGGCAUGCGUGAAAGCGCUGGACAGCCCCGGUGGGUCGUCGGCAGCGGGGAAGGCGGAGAGCCCGUGGCGUCUGUGCACGCCAGCGGAGGUGGAGCAGGUGAAGCUGCUGCUGUGCGUGGUGCCCAUCUUGGCGUGCACCAUCGUGUUCAACACCAUCCUGGCGCAGCUGCAGACCUUCUCCGUGCAGCAGGGCAGCGCCAUGGACACCCGCCUCGCCGCCUCCGGCUUCCACGUCCCGCCGGCGUCGCUGCAGGCGAUCCCCUACGUCAUGCUCGUCGCGCUCGUCCCGGCCUACGAGGCCGCCUUCGUGCCCGCCAUGCGACGCGUCACGGGCGUCGCCACGGGGAUCACCCCGCUCCAGCGCAUCGGCGUCGGCCUCUUCGCCGUCACCUUCUCCAUGGUCGCCGCCGCGCUGGUCGAGACCCGGCGCCGCCACGCGGCGGCCGGCGGACGUCUCCUCUCCAUCUUCUGGAUCGCGCCGCAGUUCCUGGUGUUCGGGCUGUCCGAGAUGUUCACUGCCGUGGGGCUCAUCGAGUUCUUCUACAAGCAGUCGCUCGCCGGCAUGCAGGCCUUCCUGACCUCCAUGACCUACUGCUCAUACUCCUUCGGCUUCUACCUCAGCUCCGUGCUCGUGUCGCUCGUCAACAGGAUCACCAGCAGCUCCGCAGCAGGCAAUGGCGGAUGGCUUGCCAACAACGACCUCAACAAGGACAGGCUCGACCUCUUCUACUGGCUCCUUGCGGCGCUCAGCAUCCUUAACUUCUUCAACUACCUCUUCUGGGCAAGGUGGUAUUCCAAGAGCGUAGAGACGGUGCAGGUCGUCGGAGUCGGAAGCGGCGGCGGUGAGCAGCAGGAUGACAAGAAGGACACCCCUGAGUGCUGA